AUGUUUCUGCUGUUUUUCUUCGCACUGGCUUUUGCCAGCAUUAAUUGUGAGCCAGAAACAGUGCGAGAUAAUUUUGACUAUUUUAAUUACGGCACAAACGAAGACAAUUUAUUAAAGAAUAUCGACUUACACCCGCCGAAAGACGAGAUUGUACUAAGACCUCAAGAAGUAAAGGAUUGGCCGCAACAGUCGCUAAAUGUUGGACAAAUAACUGCAGUGUCCAUCAACUCUUUGGGUCAACCAGUGAUAUUUCAUAGAGCUGAAAGAGUAUGGGACGAAAGUACUUUCAACGAAUCCAAUGUGUACCAAAAUUUGGACAAAGGCCCCAUUAUCGAGGAUACGAUAUUGAUUCUGGAUCCACAUACUGGAUCUGUGCUGCACAGUUGGGGUGCCUACGCGUUUUACAUGCCGCAUGGUCUUACAGUUGAUCAUCACGACAACGUGUGGGUCACAGAUGUUGCUAAGCACCAGGUAUUCAAGUACACACCGAGCAAUCACAAAUACCCAUCCCUGACUAUCGGAGAAGCUUUUACUGCGGGCUACCCUUACAGACGACGAGUACUUCUAUGUAUGCCGACUUCAGUAGCCGUGGCAACCACUGGAGAAAUAUUUGUGGCUGAUGGUUAUUGUAACAACCAAAUCCUUAAAUUCAAUGCUGCUGGCAUUCUGUUACUAGCCAUACCAACCUAUUCAGAUACGUUGACUUUGAAUCUGCCACAUAGCGUGACAUUAUUGGAGCAUCUCGACAUAGUUUGCGUUGCUGACAGAGAGAACAUGAGAAUAGUGUGCCCUAAAGCAGGGUUAAAGAGUUACGUCAACAUGUUUGAGCCUGCUGCUAUAAUAGAAGAUCCUACAUUGGGCAGAGUGUUCGCGGUGGCAUCUCAAGGAGACAUCAUUUACGCUGUAAACGGUCCUACAUCACAGAAUAUUGCUGUCAGAGGGUUCACAGUAAACGCUGUUUAUGGAACAAUUUUGGACACCUGGGAACCAAGUACUGGUUUCACAAAUCCUCACUCACUAGCGGUGACAAGGAAUGGAUCGCAUCUUUACGUCACAGAAAUAGGACCGAACAAGAUUUGGAAAUUCGAAUUAACCGAUGUCUACGAUAAGAAAAAAUAA